AUGCCGGCCAAAUCAAAGACCAAGAACAAGUCAAUAUGGCGUUCCGACAAUGCUCAGCAUUUCCAGCUGGUGCAUCGAUCGCAGCGCGAUCCUCUCAUCAACGAUCCCGACGCUGGUUCACACGUGCUUCUCUCUUAUGAUCCAGCUAACCAGUCGCGCGCAAAGGGAAAGACUCGCGCAGAGCUCGAAGCGGAUGCCACCGUCAUUCGCGACAAGUUUGGCAAGCCUAUCAGGCAGAACAUCGGCGAAGCGGCCAACUACGGUAUCUACUUUGACGAUACAGAGUACGAUUACAUGCAGCAUCUUCGACCCAUCAACGAUGACGAGAAUGUCAAGAGGGGAGGCGAGAAUGUCGACGAGACGGUGGAUACCAUCCUCGUCUCAUCAGAUGCGAAUGGGAAGGCGAAAGGCAAGGGAAAGGAGAGCUUUGCGUUGAAAGAAGGCGACGACCUAGGCAAGAAGCAGCCAGGAUUGAAUCUGCCGGCGUCCGUGCUGCCAUCGCAGAAGGAGAUGCCGUUCAGCUUCACCUCGCAUCUUGCAGUCGAACCAUCUCUGCAAGGUUUCCAGCCGGAUAUGGAUCCACAUCUGCGACAAGCGUUGGAAGCGCUUGACGACGAGGCGUUCGUGGACGAUGACUUGGACGACGACUUCUUCGGUGAGGUCGUGCACGAUGGUGAAUGGGAUGGCGUGGUACGAGAAGAGGAUCAGUGGAGAGAACAAGCGCCAGAGGGAGAUGAAGCGAUCUAUGCGGACGCGGCGACAAGAGCGCAGAAGGAGCUCGAGCAGAAUGGUGUGGAGAACAUGUCGCUCGAAGCAAGAGUGGCCCUCUUCAAGCAGCAGCAGCAGCUCGCUCGCAACAGCAGACAGGCGUCGGACGAUGGCGCAGAAGAUGACGAAGACGAGGAAGAUCGGGAUCAGCUUGCAUCUCUGCGCGGUGGAUCCAGAGCUGGAACCAUGUACACGGCAGGAGGCUCUGCGAUCGGCAAGAAAGGUCGACCAGGUGCGCUAGCAAGGAGAGCAGCGAGCACCAAAGCCCCUUCGAUCGGCGGUGGAAGCACCGCCUGGUCGAUGAGCUCGUCCGCCAUGUUCCGUAACAAGGGUCUCUCUGAUCUCGACGACCGCUUCGCUCAGCUCGGACGCAAAUAUGGAAUUCGCGAAGAUUUCGAUCCAUCCCUCGAGGCGCUCGAAGACGAGGAGUUUGUCGAUUCGGACGGAGACGAGGCAGGCGAACCGGUGACGCGCGAAGACUUUGAGGGGAUCAUGGACGACUUCCUCGCCAAGUACGAAACAAAGCAUGGCAAACUCCGCGAAGCGCUCGGUGGUGUCGACUCCACCUCUGUCGAGAAGCUCACCAUCCUCCGUCAGGCGCUCGGUAAGGCGCGCAUCAACGGACGUGAGUGGGCAGGAAAGGACAACGACGAGGGCAAGGGAGCAGGAGAUCUGGGCGAGUACGAGGAUUACGAAUCGCCCGACGAGGAGAUUGUCGAUCCGAUACCGCGAAGUCACAUGCGAGAAAAGUGGGACGUGGAGUCGAUUCAGUCUACCAAGACGAACCUGGAGAACCACCCUCGCACCAUCUCGGCCAAGGAGAGCGUGUUUGGAGGAAGCAAUGCGUCCGCCUUCCGCCCAGGCAGCGUCGCCGGUGGUAGCGCCGUCAACCGCACCAUGCUGGGCAACGGCAUGGCACCGAGCAUGACAAGCUACACCAGUCAACGUCCCUCGGCCUCUGCUUUCCUCAACGACGAAGAGCGACUGCCAAAGAUUCGCAUCAAUCCACGCACCGGGUUCCCCGAAAUUGUCGGCUACUCGAAACCUCGCGGCGUCAACGGCAAGAAGAAGACUUCCUCCUCGCUCAACGGUGUCAACGAAGAGGACGACGACGACGACGGACGCGGACCACCCUCAGGCAGCGACUCUGGCUCCGACACGGAAGACGGCGAGAAGCACGACGGCUCCGAGUACGACUCCGACGCAACAGAAGGCGGCGAGUUGGCACGACACAUGUCGACCAUCGCCGUGACCGCCAAACGCGAUCGAAACGAGAGCAAGGAGGACCGCAAGGCGCGCAAAGAGGCGUUCAAGGCCAACAAGAAGGAGCGCAAGCAGCGCAAGAUGAAGACUAAGGAGGCCUUCGCCAGCGAAAAGAAGAAGCAGGCAAAGGCCGAGAAGGGCAGGAAGGAGACCGAGGGUGGGCCGGCGGGUAUGCGUUUGCUCUAG